AUGGUUCUCGAUGGCAUAUUAUCUUCACCUCAUAGGAGGUCUCAGUCACAGACUGCAUUUUCUUCACUACCACUUACGAGACUGCACUCACGAGGUGAUGAAUUGGGAAGUUGGUUGACUCUUGUUCAAAGACACCGGUUCCUUCUAACUGCCCUUUGUCUCCUAGCUUUUCUCUACACUAUAUAUCUAUACUUCGCUGUCACUCUUGGGGCUGGUGAUUCAUGUUCCGGAUUGACAGGGUUUGCAAAAGCUUCGUGUGAUUUGCAGCAGGUGAAGGCAUCUGUUGCCAAGGGAAAACUAAAAGUAUUUUAG